UUUUUUUUUUUUUUUUUUUUUAUUAUCUUACCAACUCGUUUUGGUUUUUCACUCGUUUUCUAUUAUAUACCCAUCUUUGUAUUUUGCACGUGCGUCUUGUAAUAUAUUAUUGAAAUAUUUUAUUUUUUUGUGCUCAAAGAUAUAUCAACUUACUGACUAAAAUAAAAAAUAAAAAUAAAAUAAUAAAUAUUAUAUAUUUGCCAACCAAUUCUUUAAAGAGUUAUUUGAAACGUUUGAUCGACUUUAGUCGACUUUAUUACAAUAAAUAAUGUCUUAUCAGGAUGAAUAUUUGGAAGAUCUUCUAGGCACUACUGAAAACUCAACACAACAGGAGGCGGGAAAUUUCUUAAGCACUGCUUCUGUUACAUUUCCAUAUAAUCCAGCUUUUGCUAAUAGUACAUUAAGAACUACACCGGUUGCUGCAAAUCAGGAUGAUACCCAAUUGAUUAAACAACAAUCAACUGAACCUUCGCCUUACGAUAUAAGUAACAUUCCUUCUUCUAUGGAUCCUUUAUUUAAUUUGAGUAAUGUAAUGGGAAGUAAUGUGGGAAACAUUGGAUCUGGCAGUGGAUCAAGUGGUUCAGCAAGAUCUACAAAUUUACCUAUAAUUCCCCCAGUUUUAGGUCCAAUUCGACAACCUCCCGUAACAGGAGCUGUAACAACUAACUUCCCAGGAUUAUAUUCUAGUACGGGAUUUGAUAUGCUUGGUGUUUUGGCUCGUGUUGCUGCAAGACCAAAUCCUCAGAUAAAUAUCGGACCUGUUGAUAUGAGCUGUUCGUUUUUAGUUGUUGAUGCUCGUGAAUAUGAUUUUCCGAUCGUAUAUGCCAGUCAUACGUUCGAAAAGCUGACCGGGUAUUCUAAUUCGGAAAUUAUUGGGCGAAAUUGCAGGUUUUUGCAAGCUCCAGAUGGACAUGUGGCUCUUGGUUCGCGUCGUCGUUAUACCGAUAACAACGCGGUUUAUCAUAUAAAAAGUCACAUGAUAGCCGGAAAAGAAUGUCAGGCAUCCAUUAUUAAUUAUAGGAAAGGUGGCCAGCCAUUUAUCAAUUUAGUAACUGUUAUCCCAAUAACAUGGGAUAGUGACGAGGUUGCCUAUUUUGUUGGCUUUCAAGUGGAUUUAGUCGAUCAACCAAACGCUAUAUUGGAGAAAAUGAAGGACGGCACAUACGUCGUGAAUUAUUCUUUAAUGAACUUAUCUCAAUAUAUUCCUCCAAGUGUGGGUUAUAUAGGUGAAUCUAAUAAUGUUGAAGAAUAUAUUCGAGACUUAAAUAGUGCCAUGCCAUUUCCUGCAUCACUUGAAGUAUUUGAUUUAAUAGGAGGAAAUGCCGAUACUGAAGUUAGCAAAAGGCUGUGGUACAAAAUGUUAUUAGAGCAUUCAGAUGAUUUCAUUCAUGUCCUUUCAUUAAAGGGAAUAUUUCUUUAUUGUUCACCAAGUUGUAAGAGAAUAUUAGAAUAUGAUGUAGAAGAAUUAUUAGCAAGUGGUCUCUCAUCAAUAUGUCAUCCAAGUGAUAUUGUGCCAGUUAUGAGAGAAUUAAAAGAGUCAUCAAAUGGUGUAGAAGCGGUAAACCUUGUUUAUCGUAUUAGACGUAAACAUUCAGGAUAUAUGUGGUUUGAAGCACAUGGAAAAUUACAUUUAGAACAAGGAAAAGGAAGAAAAUGUGUGAUACUUUCAGCUCGUGAAAGACCUGUUUAUAAAUUACAAUGGAAAGAUCUCCAAACAAUUGGAGGAAUAACGGAUCAAGAAUUCUGGACAAAAUUAUCAAUAGAUGGAUUAUUUUUAUAUGCAUCUUCUGCAUGUCAAAAUUUAUUAAAUUAUACAUCAGAAGAAUUAGUAGGAACUUCAAUAUAUCAUUAUGUUCGGUCUGACCGCACAACUGAUAUAACGAGAAGUUUGACUUCAGCAAAAGAUGGAAAUACUCAUAGCUUAAAACAUCACAUUCUAAAAAAGAAUGGACAAUAUAUGGAAGUUAUAACAACUUUUUAUCCAGGAGAUUCUGUUCAAACAGAUCAAAUACCAUCAUUCGUUAUUUGUCAAACAAAAGAGGUUGCAUCUGAACCUUCAAGACGACGUUCUACUUCAUUAUCGCCUGUUCAAUCUUCACCCACAUCAUCAUCAUGUUCUCCUGAUGGGGCUUCAUCUGGGGGUUCCACACCAACACCAUCUAUACAUUUAAGAAAUAUUUCAGUUGAACAUCAACCUACUGAUAAUAUUUUUGAAGAAUUGGAUACAACAAGGAGUACGAGUUGGCAAUAUGAGUUGCAUCAAAUGCGACUAACGAAUAAGAAAUUACGAGAAGAAUUAGAAUCUAUUAAACAUUCAAAGAAGAAAAGAAAGAAGCGAAGUGCACCUUCCUCAAACAAGGUUAUGCAAAGCAAAUGAAUGCUCAAGGUGGUGGGCCACCAUCCUCAUCUGUUUCACCAAAAAUCAAGCCUAACAUGGUAUAAAACAAAAAUUUUUUAGAUAUCUUGGGACAGUAAAAUAAAAAAAAAAAUUAAAGCGUUGAAGAUAAAUAUAAAUAAAUAUAAAUAUAUAUAUAAAAAAAAAUAAUUUUUUUCCUGAUAGGAUUUUAUACUUUUUUUUAGAUGGGUUUAUCA